AUGACUUCUUCAGAUGUUUAUGGAAGAAUAUGGACAUUGGCAGGCAUCAUGAGCAUUUAUGCUUCCUGCGCUCAAUGCAGUGAAAAUGCUGUCUGCUUCAACAGCACCCACUGUGUUUGUCACGAGGGAUUCUGGUCCAGUGCUGAGAAGAGAUUGUUUGUUGAGCCCCAUGUGAAAUGUGAAGAUAUUGAUGAAUGUGCAUUUAUCACACCAGUAUGCAAAGAAGUAUCCUACUGUAAAAAUAAAGUUGGUACUUACAUAUGCAGCUGUGUGAUAAAAUAUCCUAUCAUCAACUGGGUAGCUGGUCUAUUUGAUAUUGACCAUCCAGAUUGUUAUGUGAAGAAGACAGGAUCAGAAUCACAAGUGGAUAUUUGGGGAGAACUGAGUAAAAGUGGAACCAAAAAGGACUUUGCAAAAAAGGUGACCAAGAUACUUCAGCAAGUGGAACUCCACAUAUGGAGUGAAAAUUCGGCUCUACCAACAAAGGGUGAAAAUACCACAUUGGGUAUCGUCUAUGAAACCAAGAGGUGCACUAAGAGGACUCUGCUGGAAGCUGGAAAUAACACGAUGGAGAUCAACUGCACUAGUGCUUUCAGAGAAGCCCACAGAAAAGAUGAGAGUGCAGUUGCUCUUAUUGCAUAUCAAACACUUGGUACAUUUCUGAACGGAUCCUUCUUUAGUAAUGAAGGAGGGAUGCAGGAAGUAAAAUUGAACUCUCUUGUUGUGAGUGGUACCAUUCGUUCGGAAGUCAAAGGUGAACUUUCUGAACCUGUACUCCUGACUUUACAAAAGACUCAGCCUGGCGACAUGAAGGCAGAGCAUCUGUGUGUCUACUGGAAAGGAUCAGAGGAAGGGGGCACCUGGUCAACCAACGGCUGUAUUCAUGUGCAGAGCAACGACUCUUACACCACGUGCAAAUGUGUUCAUCUAUCCAGUUUUGCCGUGCUCAUGGCUCUGACCCCUGAGGACAGCUCUGUGCUCUUUGCACUCUCUGUCAUCACCUACGUGGGACUGAGUCUUUCUCUGUUGUGCCUGCUCCUGGCGGUCCUCACCUUCCUCCUGUGCCAACCCAUCCAGAACACCAGCACCACACUCCACCUGCAUCUCUCCAUCUGCCUGUUCCUAGCCUACCUCCUCUUCCUCACAGGCAUCAAUAGAACUAAGCCUGAGGUGCUGUGCUCCAUCAUCGCGGGUUUGCUGCACUACCUCUACUUGGCUGCCUUCAUGUGGAUGUUUCUAGAAGGGCUACACCUCUUUCUCACUGUCAGGAACCUCAAAGUGGCCAACUACACCAGCAUAGGCAGAUUUAAGAAGAGAUUCAUGUAUCCAACAGGCUAUGGGAUCCCAGCAUUCAUUGUGGCUGUUUCUGCAAUAGUCGGACACAAGCAUUAUGGAACAUCUACCCACUGCUGGCUCAGUCUUGAUAAAGGAUUCAUCUGGAGUUUCUUGGGGCCAGUGGCAGUCGUUAUCUUGGUAAAUGUGGUGUUCUACUUCCAAAUUAUGUGGAUUUUAAGAAGCAAACUUUCUUCCCUCAAUAAAGAAGUUUCUACCAUUCAAGACACCAAAGUCAUGACAUUUAAAGCCAUUGUUCAGCUAUUCGUGCUGGGAUGCUCUUGGGGCAUUGGGUUCUUCAUGCUUCAUGAAGUAGGAAAGACGAUGAGAUCUGCCAUUGCCUACUUAUUCACCAUCAUCAACAUCUUGCAAGGGAUUUUCAUCUUUGUGGUACACUGUCUGCUUAAUCGCCAGGUGCAAAUGGAAUACAAGAAGUGGUUUAAUAGGAUGCGGAAAGAGAUUGAAACUGAAAGUACUGAGAUGUCUCGGUCUACUAUACACACCAAAAUGGAAGAUCCUGGGAAGACAUCGGACUUCACUCACCAAGAGGAAACCGCGUCAGUCCCCUGGCAAGCGGGGACUCAGCUCCCCUCUGCUUCUCAGCCCAGCACCCAGACAUGACACCUCGAUGUCGCCACCGUGCGGCCACAGGUGGACUAGCACCACUUCUCAUCCCGUGGAGCAUCAGGGACCCUCGGGGACUUCCACCUAUGACUCCGCUGUGACUAAUAAUGCACAGUAGCUGUGCAAGUG